GCGGCCUAGUGGGGCAGGCUGCAGGGUGGCAGCCCGCGGCGGGUUCCAGGUAACCGAGGCGCCGCGCAGUGCUGACCUGGCCGCCCGCCGCCGAGCCAUGGAAAUCGGCACCGAGAUCAGCCGCAAGAUCCGGAGUGCCAUUAAGGGGAAAUUACAAGAAUUAGGGGCUUACGUGGAUGAAGAACUUCCUGAUUACAUUAUGGUGAUGGUGGCCAACAAGAAAAGUCAGGACCAAAUGACAGAGGACCUGUCCCUGUUUCUAGGGAACAACACAAUUCGAUUCACCGUAUGGCUCCAUGGUGUAUUAGAUAAACUUCGUUCUGUUACAACUGAGCCCUCUAGUCUAAAGUCUCCUGAUACCAGCAUCUUUGAUAUGAUGCCUUCAAACAAAAAGAGUUUUAGUCAGGGAGAUGAGAGAAGGCAUGAAGCUGCCAGUUCUCCCUCCGUUUCUAACUCUAGACCUGAGAAAAGAUUCAGAGUUUCUACAAGUUCACAGGAGCACAAAUCCACUAACGUCAGACAUUCAUAUGACGAUGGGGCUUCCACCCGGCUAAUGUCAACAGUGAAACCUCUGAGGGAGCCAGCACCCUCUGAAGAUGUGAUUGACAUCAAGCCAGAACCAGAUGAUCUCAUUGAUGAAGACCUCAAUUUUGUGCAGGAGAAUCCCUUAUCUCAGAAAACCUACAGUUACGGUUCUUCUCGCCCUUCUAUAGAAAUUAGACCACCUGCAAGUAGAAAUGCAGAUGGUACUCAUUUAAACAGGCGCAAUCAGCAGCAGCAAAGCAGUGCCCACACUGCCAAGCAGCUGGAUGGACAGAGCAGCCAGGUGUAUGAAGCAGGACGGUUGUGUGAACCAGAAGUACUUGGCAGCGUAGAAGAUACUUAUAGCCCCUUCUUCAGAAACAACUUGGAUAAAAUGAAUAUUGAGGAGGAAAACUUUCGGAAGAGAAAGUUGCCUGUGGUAAGUUCAGUUGUUAAAGUAAAAAGAUUUAGCCAUGAUGGAGAAGAGGAGGAAGAAGAUGAGGAUUAUGGGACCCGGGUAGGAAGCUUGUCCAGCAGUGUAUCAGUACCAGCAAAACCUGAGAGGAGACCUUCUCUUCCACCUUCUAAACAAGCUAACAAGAAUCUAAUUUUGAAGGCUAUCUCUGAAGCUCAAGAGUCUGUAACAAAAACAACUAACUAUCCUGCAGUUCCACAGAAACAGACACUUCCAGUUGCUCCUAGAACUCGAACUUCUCAAGAAGAAUUGCUCGCAGAAAUGGUCCAGGGGCAAAACAGGGCCCCCAGAAUAAGUCCUCCAGUUAAAGAAGAGGAAGCAAAAGGAGAUAAUACAGAAAAAAUUCAAGGAACUCAACAGAGGCAAUUGUUAUCCCGACUGCAAAUUGAUCCAGUAACGGUAGACACAAUGGAGCUGAGUCAAGCCGAGAUGACUGACCUGAGUGUGGCACAGAAACCAGAAAAACUUUUGGAGCGCUGCAAGUACUGGCCUGCUUGUAAAAAUGGGGAUGAGUGUGUGUACCAUCACCCCAUUUCACCUUGCAAAGCCUUUCCCAACUGUAAAUUUGCUGAGAAAUGUUUGUUUGUGCAUCCAAAUUGUAAAUAUGACGCAAAGUGUACUAAAGCAGAUUGUCCCUUCACUCACAUGAGUAGAAGAGGUCCAGUACUGACUCCAAAACCAGUGUCGUCACCAGCGCCAUCUUCUAAUGGCCAGCUCUGCCGUUACUUCCCUGCCUGUAAGAAAAUGGAGUGUCCCUUCUACCACCCCAAACACUGUAGGUUUAAUACCCAGUGUACAAGACCAGAUUGUACGUUUUAUCACCCCACUAUUACUGUGCCACCAAGACAUGCCUUGAAAUGGAUUCGACCUCAAACCAGUGAAUGAUGCCCUAGUCCUACCUGGCAGAAGAUCAUGCAGUUUGAAAGCUUCCAUCUUCUGAUGAGAGAUGUUCUACAGAACUUGUCACGUCUUUGAAAUUUAGAAUAUAUUGCUUUCAUAAUAUGAAUUUUACUGCCCAACUGAAGUGUCUAAUUUUUCAAAUUUGUAAGUUUAUUAAGUGGUUUCAACCUUUUUUUGUUUGUUCUUUUGACUAUGAAAAGACAGUUUAAAAAAAGCCAAUUCUAUUAAACACUGCAUG